AUGCCGCCCGUGAUGCUCAGCACGCUCUGGGCGUGGGCCCUGUGUCAGCCUUCUGACGCUGCUGAGGUGAUCCCAGCAUGUUCCAAGUUGCCAGGACCAGUGCUUAUGCAGGUGGCUGUCUCGAACCUGACCCGCGCAGAUACAUCUGGAUCAUCUGGGGUGGCCGCGGUAUUCGCAGGUUUCACCUGGCAAGAUCCACCUCCGGACCUACUAAUUUUGCCAUGCAACCAGUCCUUGACCCUGAACCAAUCCUUCGAUAUGGAUGCACGAUGCCCUGGAGAAUGCCCCUACUAUGCUAUGGAUCAGCGACAUGGGGUGUCAUCCUGCAGAGCCAGCUGCGUGGUUGCCUCCCAAUGUGUCAUUUACAAUCCAGAUGCUCCGGUCCCAGACCAAGCAGCUGGAACUUGCCGCGGAGCUUUAGUAGAUGGCUGUUACCGUCCGAAGCUAGAUGGUACAGACACCUGCUUGGAGUGUGCAGCUUGGUAUCGGCAAACUCCGGCCGGCAAAUGCGAGCUGGAAUAUCUCUGGGUGAUCUAUUUGGUUGCUGCAUUGCUUGGAUGUCUGCUUUUGGCGCUGUUGGCCUAUCUCGUUGAACUUCACUGGCGCCCUGCCACCAACAUGGUCGGCUUGGAUUGUGGGCUGGGUGCCCGGUCGCAGCAGAAAUAUCGAGACCAGAACCGCGAGCUGUGGCCGUUGUCUACGAAUCUUUGUCGUACUGAAGUGGGUGGACCGGGCCUCUUGCUCCAUUUCAACUUCAUGGCAGUCGUUGUGAUUUGGGCGGUUGCACUUGGUCUUGGCUGGGUGUUGCUUGCAUACAUGGUAGAUACACAGCUGCUCGUUUUGGGCCGCAAGCCGUACGGCACUGCAUACAGGAACUGCGUCCUUGUGGCGUGGGGCUACACUGUUCAACAGAGGCUCAUGCGGGCCAAGCUUCUGUAUCUGGCGCUUGCAUACCUUGCAGCUUGGCUGCGGAACAAUGGUACGUUGUCCACGUUGAUUCAGGUGAUCUUGACGUGGGCGAUUCUGGUCCCUGCUAUUAUCCCACUGCUGCUGUCCGUGAGCCUACUUUUUGGCCUUGUCAUUGAUGUCAUCUAUCAGGGCACUACUGCUUCCAUCGUUCUCUUUUUGUUUGGCCAUCUUGGGGACGCAUGCAACCAGCCGCUGGGUCUAUGUGUGCUUACCUUUUGGAUUUCUGUGGCCUCAAAGUUGUCUCUGAUCCUUCUUUGGAGCGGCUGUGAAGGCUUUCUCACGGAGUGCUGCGAUGGGCUAACUUUCCGCAAUCUGAGUGCUUGCCUCUCUGGCAGCUUUGCAAUCUUCACGGUGCUAUUUGAAGUGAUUUGGCCAGUGACUAUCUUCAUCAUGCUGCUACUGGCAGACAGUUGUACGCCGGGGCUAAUCGCCAGCACUUGGUUUUUGCUGUCGCCUUUCUUCUUGGAGGCUUUGUGUUGCUGGCCCAUUUUAUCGAGCUGCCAUCCGAAGGUAGAUCCUGUCGAUUUGAUGGAUACUUUUACUCGGAUUGGUUUCGAUCCUGAUACCUUCAACGACGAAACUUAUGCAACAGGUUGUGUUAUUUGUUUGUCAGACUUUGCUGCAUCUCACGAUAUCGUGUUGGCCCCGUGCGCUGCUGGUCGCCACGUCUUUCACGAACAGUGUUUGCUUGGCUGGCUUCAAAGAGCCCAGACAUGUCCGUUAUGUCGCAGCCGCUUGAGUGCUGCAGCUUCUCGCGGAGAAGCGAUGGAACUUCCGCUUGCUUCAUGACAGCACGACGGAGCCGCGAAGCAAAGCUGAGCACUCGAGAGACGGAGCGAUGCGCUCGAGUAGAACUUGAAAUGAACAUGGCCAAAGUGCCUCUGAUUUUCAGGUGUCACCAGACUUUGAUCACGAUUUCGCAGCAGGGUUGCCACGCA